AUGUGCCGCAGAUUCGCCCGGGAUUUCGUGGACAACCUCAAUGACCGUUUGGAUGACUUGGGGAAGCUGGGGCCGACGAAGCUGUUCCGGGCGGGGAAGUGGCUGAAGAUCAAGGCUCGGCGAGAGAAGAAGUGUCGUGAUUGGCUGCAGGGAUGCAGCAAGAUUUUCCGCAACAAGCUGCUGGGAUUCGAGUUCAAGGCAGCAGAGACGGAGCUCCCGACAUUCUGUGCGAUCAUGGAGACACACCACGAGCUGGAGCGCUUCUUGCAGGGGCUGCCCAACUUUCUCGGGAGUGCAGAGUCCAAGAGGUAG